AUGCGAGGUGGGUGGAAUGGGUUGGAAGCUUUGGUUUCAAAUGAUUGCCCAUAUGCCUACUACAUUCAUUGUUUCGCACAUCGUUUGCAAUUGGCAUUAGUAGCGGCAUCAAAGGAAGUUAUUCAUGUUCAUCAAUUUUUUACUAAUUUGACUUUUAUCGUCAAUACUGUUUGUGCUUCGUGCAGUCGAUUUGAAGAAUUGCGGAUUGCCCAAACUGCUGAAAUUGCUUACCUAAUUGAAAUUGAUGAGAUUCAGAGUGGAAGGGGACUUAAUCAAAUUAGCAAUUUACAACGGGCUGGAGAUACUCGUUGGAGUUCUCACUUGAGAUCAGUUUCUAGCUUGAUCAAAAUAUUUAGUCCAGCUUGUGAAGUUUUUCUUAAAAUAAUUGAUGUAGGAACUACUUCUUCCCAACGAGAAGAAGUAGAUUCAGUUUAUCAGCAUAUAUCCGGCCAACAAUAUAGAGAUGAUAAAUGGGAUGAUUUACUUACCAAUGUGAAUUCAUUUUGCGAGAAACGCAAUAUAGAUGUCCCAGAUAUGAGUGCUUGUUAUGUUGCGAGACGAGGUCGAGCUCGGCAUCAACAAGCCGACUUUACAAUUGAGCAACAUUAUCGAGUGGAUAUUUUUUGUGCAUCAAUAGAUUCCCAAUUGCAAGAAUUAAAUCGCCGAUUUAGUGAGCAUGCAGUGGAGUUGCUUAUUCUCGGCUCUGCUUUUGAUCCUCGAGCCGCACGUGAAUCUUUCAGAAUUGAUGAUAUUUGUCAGUUGGUAAACAAGUUUUAUUCGCAAGACUUUACUGAUCUUGAAAAGGAACAGUUGGAAAUAGAACUUAACCAUUAUAAGCAUAAUGUAGUUCAACAUUCGAGUUUCCAAGCAUUGUCAAAUAUUUCUAAAUUGUGCCAAUGGUUGGUUAGUACCGGAAAAUCAACUAUCUACCAACUUGUUUUUCGAGUUAUUGUACUUGUGCUUACUCUUCCCAUUUCUACCGCAACUACAGAACGAGCAUUUUCAACCAUGAAUAUUGUCAAAACUAGGCUUCGCAACAAAAUUGAAGAUGAGUUUUUGACGGAUUCUUUAAUGGUGUACAUCGAAAGAGAAGUUGCUGCAACAAUUAGCAUAGAUUCAAUCAUAGAUGGUUUUCGGGAUUCAAAAACACGACGGAUUCCAUUUUGA